UCGAAAUGGUCUCUGAUAGUGAAAUCACACAUUUGGUGAAAAUGUCUUUAGAAAAUAAUGAACAUCUUAGGGAAAUAAUUGUGAAUAUUCCACGACAUUCUAAAGUGGAGGGAUGUAUUGGUGAAAUUAUUUUUGUGAAUGCCAAUGGUAUAGCCGAAAACAAUGAAAGAAAGUAUUUUGAAUUGGCCGUUAAAUACUUGAGAAAUGACCGAAAGCGAAUAGAAAGUGCAAUCUACUCCACUGUCAUCGAAUUCAAUAUGUACAACAGAGUAUUACCAUCACUACAAAUGUUUCUUUCCGAAAAUGGAUUAAUGAAUGAAUUAUAUUUUAUACCAAAACAGUAUGAGUGCAUCGUAUCAAAUAUUGAAAAUGUUAUCAUAAUGGAAAAUUUGAAAUACACAGGAUACAAAUUACAUGACAAAAAAAAGAACAUGAAUAUGUUUCAUAUCAAAAUGGUAAUACAGAAAUAUGCGAAACUUCAUGCAGUUUCUUUUGCCUUCAGAAAACAAAAGACUGAAUUAUUCCAGGAAUUAACGAAAGUUCUAGUCGAAAAAGAUACCAUGAAACAUGCGGUGAUCUAUUGUACAGAAAUGAGAGAAAGUACAUUGAACAAUUUGGACACAGCUUUGAAAAUAUUCAAAGAAAAUGGAGAUGAAGGUUUGCAUCACCUAUUACGUACGGCCGUUCCAAAGCACCCUUGUGACGUAUUAUGGGAUAUUCUGAACACUGAAGAGAUGAAAACGGCCUUAUGUCAUGGGGACUCUUGGAACAAUAAUUAUUUGUUCAAAUAUAAGAAGGACGACUGUACAGAACCCAUAGGCGUUAAAAUAAUAGACUGGCAAUUAUCCGGCAUCCGGAUAAUUGCCAUCAUCAGCAUCACAAGAAGAACUUGA